GUAGGAUCGUCACAUGUUUACCAACUAAUAACUAGUUAACUACUCUCGGUACCACGGGUCCACGGCGGGCCGAACUCGAGCCCCUACGCCGAUCUUAUGGAGCUUCUCUAAUCUAAAAUAUAUACGAUGUAACCUUUUCUAAUCUAAAAUAUAUACAAUGUAACGUAGAAGUAGAUUACAUACUGCAGAGUUUAGUUCAAUUCCUCGUAAACUUUUUUUAUGCCUCCAUCCCUGUUUGCAAAAGGUGCAUCACUUCGAUCGGCUUCAAGCUCCAUGUCUAAGAUUCAUGGACAUGGAUGAACAUGAACGUGAGAUGACAGAUGAGGUAGAGGCGUAGGGCUCAUGUGCGCACGCACGACAACCACCAGCUCAUGGAUGAAGCAGCUGAUGAACGCUUCCCGGCAAGGCCGCCACGGCCGCGUCCUCCACCUUCUCUUCACCCACCUACGACGCGGCGACAGGGGCGUGGUAGAGCUGCACCGCGCGGCCGUCCCCACGGCACUCCGCGCCUGCGCGCGCCUCGGAAACGCCUCUUCCGGCCGCCUAAUCCACGCGCUCGUCCUCACCCGGUUCCCGUCCCUCGCCUCCGACGCCGUCGCCGCCACCGCGCUUCUCGACAUGUACGCCAAAUGUGGCCUUGUCGCGAGUGCCCAGAGGGUGUUCGACGAAAUGCCGAGUAGGGAUGACCUCGUCGCCUGGAACGCGCUGGUCGCAUGCUACGCGCGCCACGCCCUCCCGGAGCGCGCACUGGUGCUGGCUAUCAAAAUGCGGGGCCAGUGCCUGUGCCCCGACCUGGUGACAUGGAACGCCGUCGUCUCCGGUUUUGCACUGGCCGGCGACGACCAAAUGGCCACAAAAUUGGUCGGCGCCAUGGAGGUGGACGGGUUCCAGCCGGACGUGGUCACUUGGACAUCGCUUGUAUCCGGCUCGGUGCUGAACUUCCAGUAUGCCAGGGCGCGCGUGCUGUUCCGGAGAAUGAUGACCACUGCCAACCCUGUCCUGCCGAGCUCGGCCACGAUUGCCAGCAUCCUGCCUGCGUUCGCCAAUGUUGCUGACGUGAAGCGUGGCAAGGAAGUCCACGCCUACGCCGUGGUGACCGGCGUCGAACAGGAGCUCAAUGUGAGCAGUGCUCUAGUAGAUAUGUACACGAAGAGCGGGUUUGUGGUCGAAGCCCGCAGGCUGUUUGACAAGAUGUCGGAAAGAAGCACGGUGACAUGGAAUUCCAUGAUCUUCGGGCUGGCGAAUUCCGGUCACUGCCAAGAAGCCAUCGGUCUCUUCAACCGGAUGCUGUGCGACGGAGCAAGGCCGGAUCACCUGACGUUCACCGCCGCUCUGACGGUUUGCAGCUACGCCGGCAUGGUGGAGCUCGGGAAGGGCCUGUACCGCGCCAUGCAGGAAGAACACGGCAUCGAGCCGAGGCUGGAGCAUUGUGCAUGCAUGGUGCAUUUGCUUGGCCGAGCCGGCUGGCUCGCCGAGGCUUAUGAUUUCAUCAAAGCCAUGCCCCUGGGGCCUGACUGCUUCGUUUGGGGGGCGUUGCUGGGGGCAUGCCGGAGCCAUGGCGACAUCAAGCUUGCCGAGCUGGCUGCGUCCCACCUGCUAACCGUCGAGCCGGCCAAUGCAGCAAGUUGCCUCCUACUCUCGGACUCGCUGGCAAGUGUAGGCAGACAAGAUGAUGUUAUGAAGAUGAAGAGGCUGGCAAAGAGACGGCGCAUGAAGAAGCUGCAUGGCUGCAGCUGGUUAGAGUGAGUCUACAUAAUCGAGAGCGAUAUAUGGUCUGAGAUCAAAGGAACAGAAUUGAUUGAUCACAGAUUCAUAGUUGCCCAGAUUUGCAGAAGCAAACAUCCAAGAGUUUCCUACAAAUGCAUGUGUUGGUCUAUUUGAUGCUACCAUGAAAGUAGAAAUGUUGUGCUACUUAGAUUUAAUGGAUGUAAUGUUUAGCAUUCACACUGUUUACUCAACGUCGAACAAA